GAGGAGUCUCAGUCAGGGUAGCCACAACAAAAUGUGUAUACGUUGAUAGUCUGAUUUGUUGUCUAUUUUGACAUAUUUUUGUACAGUCUGCCUAUGUAUUUCUGGAAAAAAUGUCAUGCACUCAAUGAAAUUUAACAUUAUUUAUUAUUAUUUCUCCAAACUGCAAUGGACGAUAGUGACAUUGUAGUACUUGAUGAUUCGACAGAAGAGCAACCUUCUACUAGUCGCAAUGUUUUUAGUAUUGCCUCACCAGCUGUGUGUCAAAGAUGGACUCAACCCUCAUCUGCUCAGCCGCCAAUGAGACAAAGAACUUCACAUACAACUUGGCACAAAACUUUUAAUCCGCCUUUCGAUUAUCAACCUCAACCUGUCAUUACUAGUGUAACGUCCUUGUCUCCUUCAAGAAAUCGACCAAUUAUUAUUUCAGAGGUUAAAUCCUUAUCUCCUAAGAAACCCGUUUUUUUAAAUGGAUAUGAACCUUCAUACCAGAGAACUAAAAGAUCAUCGUCGUCAUAUAGAAUUAGCCAACCAAUUAUUACCCAUGUAGAAUCUUUAUCUCCUUUAAAAAAUCAUCAAAGCAUUGUUGACAACGGAAGUAUUUCAGUUUCUAGGCAGAAUAAUGAACCUGAGUGUAUUGUUUUGGAUGAUGAUGAUGGCAAUAUUAAUUUAAAUGGCUUUCAUAUCAAUGCUGCAAUAGAUUUUAAUAGUGUUGAAAUUGAAGACUUAAAGACUGAAUCAUCUGAUACUUUACAAGUGGGCUGUGAAAGUAAUUUAAGUUUGACUGCAUGUCAAAGUAUGUCGGCUGAGAAUGGCCCUGCGGAAGAGAAACCCACACCUAUUGAGAGUUGUGAGAAAAUGGUGACUAGAGAUACAUCUGAUAUCAGUAACCCAGACACAAACAAUACCACUACCAAUCCGACGACCAGUAGGAAACGGAUAAGACCUACGUCUGUCAGUAAAAAGGACGACCCACCGGUGGCAGAUGCGGCUACGAUAUUGCAAGAAUUUAAAAAUGCCUGUUUGGCUGCUGCGGAUAAUGAAUUUGACAUGAAGGCUAUUCUUGAUAAAAAGGUAGAGAAAAGUUUCAACAAUACCAGCCAAGCUUUUAAGAAAACUUCGUCUUUCCAUACUCUUUUAUCCAAUAAACUCCAAAAGGUCAAAACGGACCCAACAAAUGUUUAUGUUCACAUUUCAGAACUAGUCACAGAGUUGAAGGCUAGAAAGGCAUCCAAAGAGGAGGGUGAAGAGCCUCCUACAAAGAAGAUAAAAUCUAGUUCAAAGGUUUCAAAGAAUGUGGACUAUGAUGCACUAGAAAAUGCCCGUGAUGAAAUGAAAAUGAAGAAAUUAAGCAAAACCCUUAAGAAACUUCAAAAAAUUAUAAAAAAACUAGAACAAAAAGAAGUUGACUGGGAAGAUGAUUCUGAUUCAGCUUAUAUAAUAUUACAAAGAUAUAAACAAAGAGCGGUGAAAGUUUUUCAAAAACUUUGUGAUUAUACUAAGGAGUCUAAGUCUGCAGGAAAUCUAAACAAAAUUCAUUUAUCUAAAGGUACUUGUUUUCCAAAAGUUAACAAGUGUGUUGAAAAUUUUGUCAAUAAAACUGGUCAGUUUCCUGAUUUUGUGGACAUUCUAGAACUUAUGAAAGAAUCAAAUGAAAAAGACAACAUGAAAUUACAGGAAUAUGAAAUUGAAGAUAUGGCUAAGAAAGUUUUUGAAGAAGUGGGGGGAGAACUCCAGAAACAGAGAAAGCACGGAGUUGCUGACUCUUUACUAGUAUUCAUGGAAGAUGAAAAGGGAGAUCCUGCGGAGGACAGCACUGAGCUGAAAGAAAAGCUUAAUGAAAAUGCUAAGCACUGGACAAAGAUUAAUGAGAUAAUUGAUGAUUUUGCUAUGCGAGCCAAAGAGAAGAAAGGAAAUGAGACUGAGAGCAAGAGUGAUGAUGAUGAUGAGGAGGAGGAGGAAGAAGAAGAAGAUGACGAUGAUGCUGAAGCAGAAAGUGGGAAAGAAGAUCUUGAAGAAAUUGAUGUGCCCGAUAUUCUGAAAGGUGAAAAUGAAAUUGAUAGUGAGAAGAGUGACAAUGAGGAAGAAGAAAGCAGAGACUUGGAGGAGGAACCUGUUCCAGCAGAUUGUAGCUAAAGGUUAAAAUCACUGAUGAGGCCAUCCUUGAACCAAAUAAUUGUGUUAAAAUUUGUCUGUCUGUCUAAAAUUUGAGAAUGUAUACUGUCUCUAAUACAGAUUGAAUUUUUGUACUGUU